UGUUCACCGGAUAUUUUCUCUGUUUCUGGUCCUUCUAUGAUGCUUGUGUGAGAAAAUCGCAACAGAUUAACAUUUUCUAGUCAGACCAAACCCUUUGAAAACAAGAAAAAACAAACACCCAUGGCAAAUAAGUCACAUUUGUUGCCAAUUAUGGUGCUGAAUUUUAGCUACAGUGACUCGUCUUUAUUUCAUCUGAAUACCCUCGUACAUUUAGGUGCUACAAAGUGGCUGGAUGAUAUUCUAUUUGUGCAAACAAGGAAAUGAACAGGUGCAUCUAGUAAAGUGACCAGAGAGUGCACAUGUUUUAAUGUGCAACAACAGACAGACACUUUUUAAAUAUAUCAAUCAUCAGCCUAACACAUGUAUUUAUGUAAUUAAACAUUGGCUUCUGCUUUGCAAAACUGCAGGUUUACAGGCAAACCGAAUCAAACGUGUAGUUUUGCAUUUUCACACAUUGUCUUUACUUUUUUCCUUCUUCAGACGGAAAUCUACAUUUACAUUUUUAGAACCCAUUAGGAUAUUAGUCAGUAGAUCUAAAUUUGAACCGCCCAUGUCUCAACACUUCACACGAGUUUAAAGCGCAAUAUCAGAUUUGUAACAGGAAAAGGCUUAAAUAAAACUCUUUUGACACCUCAACUAAAAUUCCAACUCUGUUGUAAUUUUCUGUGCUUAAAAACGGAGGAAAAGAAAAUGUUAAAAAACAGACACAUUGUGUCACGUUGACAAACUAAACGAACAUAAAAUAGGGGUAGCUUAAAUAUCCACAUUGAAGAUGAGGUGGUUAAAAUGUCAUGUUUAAAAUGACAUUUUAAACAUCAAAACAGGGAAGUAGUGAGUCAGUGUUACUGAACCAGUUGCUGCAGCUGUUCGCACAUCGAUAUGGCUGUUUCUCUGAGCUUUCUUCUUAUUCUACCUCUGAUAACAGGAAGUGAAAGUGUGAAGACAAUCAGUAAGGUCUCAGUGAAGGCAGGAGCUUCAGUCUCUAUCCCCUGUUCGUAUGACGGAAAAUACAAAAAUCAUGUGAAAUAUCUAUGUAAAGGAUAUGUUUGGAGUAGCUGCACAUAUGAAAUUAGAACAGACUCACAACGGGAAACAGGAAAGUAUUCAAUCUCUGAUGACAAAAGUCAAAAUAUCCUCAAUAUGACUUUAAAACAUUUAACAGCUGAUGACACUUAUUACUGGUGUAUUGUGGAGAUCAAUAAUGGAGGUGAUAUCGGGGAGCGCUUUCUGCUGUCAGUCACCACAGGUACACCCAUCCUCUCAGUGGCAGAUCAGAAUGUGAUUGGAUAUAUUGGAGAGAAAAUAACCAUAAACUGUAGCUACAGAGACUCUGGAGGAGUAAGUUGGUGCAAGCUGGGCAGCACAUGUGUGACUGUGUCUGGAAAUAUAGAUGCAGCAACCAUCAACACGGCCGUCAGCAAUGUAAUCAGUGUAACUAUGAGUGGACUGCAGUCAGAGAGCAGUGGUUGGUAUUACUGUGUCAAAGGAGAUUUUCAGAUGCCAGUUCACCUGACUGUGACUGUCAAACCCACUGUUGCAACAACUACAACAGUAGUUACAACAACUACUGUAGCUCCAACAACUACUGUCACAGAAGCAAGAGAAAAUGCAACAACAGUUCAGAAAGAAAACAGUUCUGUUACUCCUCUGAUGAUCCUCGCCAUCCCUCUGAGUGUGCUGAUCUUCAUUGUCAUUGUUGCCUUAUCAAUCCUGUUUGUGCUCAGAGGAACCAAACGUGUCAAAAAUAAGGAUUCAACAGCCUCAAAAAAUGAAGGGGAUUUAACAUACGCAGAAGUCUCUUUCAAGAAAAACAAGGCAGCUCAGGCUGCAAGUGAUGCCGAUGUGACCUACAGUUCUGUUGUUCCUGUCAAGAAACAGAGUGCGAGAAGGAGUGAAGGAAAAGAUGAGGAUGUUACAUACAGCACAAUCAUUCGUCACAAGCAAAACGUUUAAAUCUAUCAGAAAUGCUUUCCUUUUUCCUGUGACUAAGUGCUAACCGAUAUUGUCUGCCACCACAAGUGUGAAACACUGACUCAGUGUCUUAGAAAAGCCCCUGACCAUGUGUUUUAUUUUAUUUUAUUUUAUUUAUUUUUACAUUGAGUAUACACGUUUAUAUGCUUAUGCUCAGGUGGUGAAAAACUAGCCACUUUCUCAGCAAGUGUAGCUUUUUAUCGUAUGUGACACCUUUUGUUGCUUCCAAGUAUGAUCUUGUUGAGGACAGAAGCAACACCUCAAAAAAUGGAAAAAAUAUGAGGAUAUUUUCAAUAUUUGAAUUGACUUUUACAUAAGAAGUUAAAUGUGUAAAUGCCAUUGUUGUUAUCUAUAAUCGUUUAGUAGGAUGAUUUGCAUGAGGUGUUGCUAAGUUAUGAUCUAUGUAAAUCUGGAAUAAUCAAGGCUGAAUCCCUAAUCUUAACAAAUAAAACUGUAGAUUUGACCAUGAUGAGGUGUAUUGUUGUUGCAACCUUUCCCCAUGCCUAACUGAACUAAAAAGCUACCUUAAUGUUUUUUUUUUUUUUCUGUUAUUUUUGGACCACAUUUGAUCAUUUCUUCCUUAAAAUGCCAAGUUUAUUUAAAAAAAAAUAGUUGGGUCAUCUAUGAAAUUAUCACAACAUUCAAAUCAUGUAGCUCAAACAUUGUUUAGUUCUUAAUCUGUCCGAUAAGUUUGAUAAUGAUUUUUUUUUUUUUUUUUGUAACAGAAUAAAGUUAAUGUGGAGAAUU